ACAAAAAAGCAAAGCCCUGUUCCCCACCGCUGUCCCCUCCCCAUCCCACUCCACCGCCCUUGCUCGCGCCACCAAGCCCGCCGCGCCGGAGAUGAUCUCGUCCAUGUCCUGGGUGCCCAGGGGCGCCGCCAGGAGCGCCCCCAUCCAGGCGGACCCGCCCACGCAGGAGGAGAUCGACGAGGCCAUGAGGACCAUCGCCCUCGUCACACAAUAUGCUGGAAAUGACGCCGACGCAGACGAUGGCGAGAUGGAGGUCGACGGCGCCGACCAGGAGGUCGCCCGGGCCAAGGCCGCCGCCGAGGCGCUCGGGAGGACCGGCUCGGGAGGCGCCGUCGUCGUCGGUGCCUCCGAUGGGCUCGAGGAGCUCCACAUGGAGGAAUACGACGACGAGGACUACGAGCCUGAGCUUCUCAGUACCGGGAGCGGGGGUUUGUACUAUGCAAGCAACGAAGAGGACCCUCAUCUCGUCAGGAACAACGACGAUGAUGAUGGUGAUGAGGACGACGAGGAGAUUGAGGACAUGGCUAUCAAACCUACUGACAUGCUGAUUGUUUGUGCACAUAACGACGAUGAGUUCAAUUCUCUUCAGGUUAGUAUAGUGGAAGAAUUGGAGGACGGGGAUCUUAAUAUGUAUGUUCAUCAUGAGGUCCCUCUCUCAGAUUUUCCACUCUGCACAGCUUGGAUGGAUUUUAACUUUACCGAUGCCAAGAAAGAAGGGAAUUUCAUUGCUGUUGGCACCAUGGAUCCUGCAAUCGAAAUAUGGAACUUGGAUAUUGUUGAUGCGGUCAAACCACAUAUUGUGCUAGGAGGACUUUCAAAAAACAAAGAAAAAGUUAAGGGGGAAAAGGGAGAAAAAUACAAGGAGGGCAGCCACAGAAGUUCUGUGCUCGGUCUUGCAUGGAACACGGUGGUGAGGAAUGCUCUAGCAAGUGCAAGUGCAGAUAAAACUGUUAAAGUUUGGGAUUUAUAUACCGGUAAAUGUGACCGCACACUGCAAAAUCAUGAUGGCAAGGUUCAAUCAGUUGCCUGGAGGUCACCUGAAGUUCUUCUCAGUGGGUCUUUUGAUAGAUCAGUUGCCAUGACUGACAUGAGAAAUGAUAGACAAAGUUGUCAUAAAUGGUCUGUCGAAGCGGAUGUAGAAAGCUUAGUUUGUGAUCCACACAAUGAGCACACGUUUGUGGUUAGUCUUGACAACAGGACGGUGCAAGCAUUUGAUAUGCGGACAGCUUCAUCGCAUUCAAAUUGCGGUCAACCCAAGUUUACUCUGCACGCACACGAAAAGGCCGUUUCUUCAGUAUCCUUCGCCCCAUCCACCCCCAACCUCCUUGCAACAGGUUCAACUGAUAACACGGUGAAGCUCUGGGAUCUGUCGAACAACCAGCCGUCAUGCGUCGUUUCGCUGAAUCCAAACCUUGGAGCUAUAUUCUCGGUAUCGUUUUCGAAUGACAGCCCCUUCCUGCUAGCAUGCGGAGGAUCAAAAGGCAAACUGAAGGUUUGGAAUACACUGUUGGAUCCGGCGGUGGCUAGUAAAUUCAGCAAGUAGACAUGCUGCGAAAUGGAUUAUCAGUUUUCUCGACAGCCUCCACACAUGCAUAAAGACUAAUAUCCGUCACGAUUGUAGUAUGUGUUAUCUACCUUGCCGUUUGUACAGA